UUUAAAGUCACUUCUGACUUUGGUGCAAAUAUGCCUUGAAAGGUAAGCAUCCACACUACCAGAUUUACUAAAUUUUACUAUCAUGUUGAACAUAAGAAAAUUCCAGAGGCUAAUUUUUAAAUUUAUUUAUUUGAGAGCAAGAGAGUGCAAGCACUCAUGUGAGCAGGGGAGGGUGUAGGAACAGAGGGAGAAGGAGAGAGGGAAUCCCAAGCAGACUCAGGUACCCAAUAUGGGAUGCUACCUUGCCAAACCCCAAGAUCACCACCCCUGCCAGGCUCAACUGGUUGAGCCACCCAGGCACCCCCAGAAGGUAAUUUUUUAAGGUGAAGGCUCUAUGUGGACCAUGCUGUAAAUGUCCAAAGCCUUCAAAAUCUGGCCUCAGCGGCACACAUAUACAUGCAUUUUUCUCUAUGUAAUUUCAUGCUACCUAAAAGUCUCACCUUAUUUUGUAUAAGUUUUCUUCUACCCCAAAUCCAAGUCUUCAUCAUUUAAAACUUAAUAGAGUGCAAGAAAAUUGCCAAAUUGCUAACAUCUAUGCUUUUGUCCAAUUCUAAGGUAAAGAUUCAGAUCCAGCUGAAUUUACCCGUUAAUGUGUUUCUUUCCAAGCACAUCAAAAUGCAUCUCUAGAAAAAUCUUCCGUAAAGAUACUUAAAAAUCAGCUUGUCCGCCUUUUUUGGGUCUUCAGGUUGUCCUAAAUCUGUAGCACUAAGUGCUACAAGAUCUUCUCAUUUUCUAAGUAUCACAGACUUCUAACCCAUGGGAAACGGAUUCCUAAGGGAACUUACAACCACCUUUUAAAAUCCGCUGGUUGGUUUGUGCUUUUAGCGCUAUCGCUUCUAGAGUCACCUCUCUUUUUAGUUCCAAAAUUUGCAUGGCCGCCUCUUUGACUUUGUUCAAGAGUCUGUGUUGAUCAAGCAGGUACUGCCUGCGGGUGGGAGGAGGGUGUCUGCUGGAGCAAGAUGGCUUUUGAGCUAGGCUUAUUUGCAUCCCGUGCAUAACACUGCCUGUGUUCGAUGUGUGCCUAAAUACUACCUGCGCUCCGGGGCUCGCGGCGGCCCGCUCACCGCUCCUUAGCAACGGCUGGGAGGCGCUCUCACCCCGGUCACGCUCACCAUCGGGCUGAUCCCACCGCAGGUCGGACACGGCAGCGAUUUCUGGGCGUUCAGGGUUUUCAUUACCGUUCGUAUUUUCACUGAACUAGCGACACUUCCAACGUCCCGUUCUUCGCUUCCAGGCCGUGUUCCUGGCUGAGAGCGCGGCUCUGAUUACGAGUCACACACGAAGGCCGCGAACGCCGGCGCCCGGGAAGCGGGACCGCGCGGCCGCGGGAGGCGGUAAACCAAGCGCCGCGCAGGCGCAGUCCCAGGAGGAGGACAAACCCGGUUGGGGGGGGGGGGGCGGGCGGAGGAUUUUUCGCAAAGUGGAAAGUGGAAAAGCAAAACCAAAACACCGCUUCUGGAGGUGAUAAACUGCCGGGCUGUUUCUGUUUUUACUUCUGAGGAACAGGCGCGGCCUUCGGGGCCUUGCGAAGGCUGCAGAAUUCCUCCUCCCCGGGACCUGCCGCCAGCCAGCGCGUCGGCGAGUUCUCUCGGCCUCGUUUGUUCUCGCCGCGGAGUUCGGAUCUCCCGUGUUUGUUUACAGCACGAAUCCACCCCGAUUGGGAGGGAUGGCGCUUAGAGGGAGCGGGGGGAGGAAGGCACCACAACGCCAGAAAAAAACAAACAAAAAACAAAAAAAAACAAACUCUCUUCUCGCGGCCGCCGCAAACAUCGCGAGAUCUGCCCGAGCGUCGAGCGGAACCUCCGAGGGCACGUCUGCGCAUGCGCCUGACUAAUUCCUUUUUAGCGCGAAAAAGUUUCGAGGCUUUCUGAGGCUUGGCCGUAAGCCGAAUCUGCCCCUCCACAAGGGUCCGAGGGAUUCAAACACACAACACUACAUUCUUCCGAGACUUUGCAGUCAACAACUCUGCAUGACUGCAUGGGCGUCCCUUCUCCCCGUUUAAUAGCCGUUGGCCGUGAAGUCUGUGUGAGACGAAUUUUCAGCGAAUCCACUACUCAAGCAGUUGGGGUGGGAGAGCCGACCAGGGUUUCAAAAUGAGGGAUACAUGGGACAAUUGCACAAGCUUUGGAUUUUGUCCUGCAGCAUCUGACUGGUACCAUCCAGACACCCGAAGCGCUGCCUGCCGGAAGCAGGCUAUGAGCCAAGGGGAAGGCAGAGGACAGAAAUGAACGUGCUCUCAAGCUUUCCUGGUGAUGUAUGGUAUUCUCCAAACUCCUAUGCGAGGGCUAUUCCUGAUCGAGAAGACCCAAGGAGACCAUCUCUGAAAUCAAGUCCAGAUGAAGAACUAAGAGGGAAAAAGUGAGUAUGGUUUUUGCUCACAGAAUGGAUAACAGCAAGCCGCCUCUGGUUAUUCCCACACUUCUGGUGCCCCUCCAGAACCACAGCUGCACUGAAACAACCACACCCCUGCCAAGCCAUGACCUGAUGGAACUACAGGAGGAGCACAGUUGGAUGAACAACAGAACUGGCCUGCAGCCUGGACUGAAACCUGGGGAAGUGGCCACUGCCAGCAUUUUCUUUGGGACCCUGUGGUUGUUUUCUAUAUUUGGCAAUUCCCUGGUUUGUUUGGUCAUCCACAGGAGUAGGAGGACUCAGUCCACCACCAACUACUUUGUGGUCUCCAUGGCCUGCGCGGAUCUCCUCAUCAGCGUGGCCAGCACGCCUUUUGUCCUGCUUCAGUUUGCCACUGGGAGGUGGACACUUGGCAGUGUGAUGUGCAAGGUCGUGCGGUAUUUUCAGUAUCUCACGCCGGGUGUCCAGAUCUACGUUCUCCUCUCCAUCUGCAUAGACCGGUUCUACACCAUCGUCUAUCCUCUGAGCUUCAAGGUAUCCAGGGAAAAAGCCAAGAAAAUGAUCGCGGCAUCGUGGAUCUUCGAUGCAGCCUUUGUGAGCCCCGUGUUCUUUUUCUUUGGCUCCAGCUGGGACAGUCACUGCAACUAUUUCUUCCCUUCUUCUUGGGAAGGAACCGCCUAUACCGUCAUCCAUUUCUUGGUGAGCUUUGUGAUUCCAUCCAUCCUCAUCAUCUUAUUUUACCAGAAGGUUGUGAAGUAUAUUUGGAGAAUAGGCACUGAUGGCCGAACAGUGAGGAGGACGAUGAACAUUGUCCCAAGGACAAAAGUGAAAACUAUCAAGAUGUUCCUCAUUUUGAAUCUGUUGUUUUUGCUCUCUUGGCUGCCUUUCCAUGUAGCUCAGCUGUGGCACCCCCACGAACGAGACUCCAAGAAAAGUUCCCUUGUUUUCACGGCUAUCACAUGGAUAUCCUUUAGUUCUUCAGCCUCUAAACCUACACUGUAUUCCAUCUAUAAUGCCAACUUUAGGAGAGGAAUGAAAGAGACUUUUUGCAUGUCCUCAAUGAAGUGUUACCGAAGCAAUGCCUAUACUAUCACAACCAGUUCAAGGAUGGCCAAAAAAAACUACGUUGGCAUUUCAGAAAUUCCUCCCACGGCCAAAACUAUAACCAAAGACUCGAUCUAUGAUUCAUUUGACAGAGAAGCCAAGGAAAAAAAGCUCGCUUGGCCCAUUAAUUCAAAUCCACCAAAUACUUUUGUGUAAUUUCGCAGAAUUCUUUCAAUUAUUGUUAUGUGCCAGAGAUUAAAAAGC